UACAUUUUAACCUGUACCAUUUUUACCGUUUGCCAUUUUUACAACCUUACCCGGCGUAAUGGCAAUCAACCUUAAGGUGGGUUAUGGUGAUGUCGAAAAGAGCCUGGCCGAACCGCUCGAGCUACACUACCUUCCGGCGACCAUUGACGGCGACGGGCCGGCUAAUGUGGAAAAGUUUUUCACACCCUACACCACCGAAUGCCAGGACGGAACCGUACAAAAUGCACUCCGCGGGUACCCUUUGCAGGGCAAGGCGAUGGCGCUUCCGGCCGGGCACACUGGUGUGAUAUUGCAGGAAACGAAAAAACCGCUUUCAGAUGAUGAGGACAGAAACUUAACUUUCGCGGGAGCGUUUCGUGAUUUCACCUACUGGAACUACGACCGCAAUCCGUCGAGAAACGAUCCUUUGGCCAAGGCGCUUAACUGGCUUCAGCUGUCGGAAGUCCUACACAGCGAGCAGGAAGAGGAUUCCCCACCGAAGCAAGGGUCUUCGGAAGUAACCGACGAAAUAAAACCAGAGAAAGGCGUUUAGGAUUGGCCAUUUCAAUUGUAAUAUAGCUCUAUUUCCAUUUUGUCCGGCAGGUUCUGUAAUCUAGUAUGAAAGGUUUAAAAUAAAACUUCAUUAUUA